UCAAUUUUUUCUCAUUCGAAUUACAUAUAUCUAUAAAAAAGAAAUUGCAUCUAUCAGUAAUUAACCGGCAUUAAAAUGUCCUUCCUUAAAUGUUAUUCUGUCUCAAAUUGUAUUUUUAGGAUUCCACUCAGACAAAUAGGUAUAAUUUGCCCCAUUCUGACUGAACCUGGGCACAGAUGGUCAAUAUUGAGAGCCCAAUACCUGUCCAGCUCCAGCACACCCACCUCUUCCCCUCUUCCUGUUACUAAUGAUGCUGCCCUGCCACUCAAGGAAAAUGCAGUGCAUGACCGCCUCAUCUGGAAGCUGGAAGUUCACUGCGAAGGGCAUGAGAAGUCUGUGCUGGAGAGCUACUCUCGCUUUAUGGCAAUGACUUGUGCCCACCUGGGUAUAAAUGCCCAGCCAGUGCAGUUUGGCACGCCCACACACGAGCGUCUGACGCUGCUUAAGUCUAUCCACAUCCACGGCAAGCACCGCGUGCAGUACGAGAUGCAGACGUACCCUAUGACCCUGACCCUGCACCACCUCACUGGCUCCACUGCCGACACCUUCCUCGAGUAUACGCAGCGCAUGUGUCCUGAGGGCAUGGCCAUGCGUGUCACGGAGCAUCAGCUGAGGCAGUUUCCGACUGCAACGAUGCACGUCCUGAGAGACGCCCGGGCGACGAGGAGCUCGGAGCAACCUUCGUUACAUCGCUAAACUGUGUAGAAACUUUGUAAAAAAAAUCAACUCAAAUUAAA